UGUGUCGCGUUCGCACGGGGACCGCGGCUUGGAGCAGUUCUAGAUAUUUUUUGAAACGGCAAGUUUGCUUUAAUUGAAUCGGUCGGUCGAAUCGCAGAGUUUUGAUUAUUGUGUGUUGUUAUUAAAUUGAAUUUGUACGUGCUAAUAAAAGAAAUCGUAGCGGAGUCAGGCGCGGAUACGAAUGCAUAUUAACUGCACACUCGCGAGAUGCAGCAAAUGCUUAACUGCGGCGACAAGUGAAAAAGGGUGUAGAAACCAUAUGAAAAUAUCUCAAAGAGUUGCAAUCAAAGUUGCUAAAAGAAAAUACAACAAAUAAAUUGUUUUCCAAAAGGUUAAAGAAAACAUCGCCAAAAUUGAUUUCCGUCGGAUCAAAAUCUUUACCUCAAAACUGGAUUAUAAUAAAUCCGUUGAUAUUGGAACGCAGCAGGAAAACAACUCUGGGGUAACCAACAAAAUGGUCAAACGCACCGACGGCACAGAAUCCCCCAUACUGGCUGAAGACGGUGGCGAUGGCCACGAUAAACCCCGUUUGCGAUAUGGAGAAUUGGUUAUACUUGGCUACAAUGGCUACUUGCCCCAGGGCGAUCGCGGUCGUCGACGCUCCAAAUUUGUGCUCCACAAGCGAACAGAGCCGAGCGGCGUCAAGCGCUCCAAACAUUACAUCGUACAAUCACCACAGACAUCCAAGGCCAUACUGGAUGCCAACCAGCACUCGAUAUCGUAUACGCUCUCACGCAAUCAGGCCGUCAUUGUCGAGUACAAAGAGGACACGGAAACGGAUAUGUUUCAGGUGGGACGCUCGUCAGAAUCGCCAAUAGAUUUUGUUGUAAUGGACACGCUGCCCGGUGAUAAGAAGGAUGCCAAGGUGAUGCAGAGCACGAUUUCACGCUUCGCCUGCCGCAUUUUGGUUAACAGAUGUGAACCCGCCAAGGCGAAAAUCUUUGCCGCUGGCUUCGAUUCAAGCAGAAACAUAUUUUUGGGCGAAAAGGCCACCAAAUGGCAGGACAAUGUGGAAAUUGAUGGUCUAACCACAAACGGUGUGUUAAUCAUGCAUCCCAAAGGUUCAUUCUGUGGCGGCAAUGCCAAGUGCGGACUCUGGCGUGAAUGCUCCGUUGGCGGCGAUGUUUUCAGCUUGCGUGAGUCGCGUUCGGCACAACAAAAGGGGCAACCCAUCUACGAUGAAUGCAACAUCUUGCAGGACGGCACACUCAUUGAUCUCUGUGGCGCCACACUGCUCUGGCGCUCAGCUGAGGGGCUGCAACAUUCACCGACCAAACACGAUUUGGAGAAGCUUAUCGAUGCCAUUAACGCUGGUCGUCCACAGUGCCCGGUGGGUCUCAAUACAUUGGUUAUACCACGCAAAGUGAACAUCAGUGAUCAGGUGAAUCAGCCUUAUGUGUACUUAAACUGCGGCCAUGUGCAAGGACAUCAUGACUGGGGUCAGGAUGAGAACACAGGUGCACGCCGUUGUCCCAUGUGCCUAGAACUGGGGCCCGUUGUUACCUUGUGCAUGGGCCUGGAACCGGCCUUCUAUGUGGAUGUGGGCGCACCCACGUUUGCAUUCAAUCCAUGUGGUCACAUGGCGACUGAGAAAACUGUCAAGUACUGGGCAAAUGUGGAAAUACCGCACGGAACCAAUGGCUUUCAGGCUGUUUGUCCAUUCUGUGCGACGCCUCUGGAUGGCGCGACUGGCUACAUUAAAUUAAUUUUCCAGGAUAAUUUAGAUUAAAGUACUAUUGUAUAUGUAACAUGUGUAUGUGUAUGUGCAUGUGCAAGUGUGCACAUCUUUCUAGUAGAUAUGUAUUUGUAGUAAUUGAACAAUGUCCGAAGUUUGAAGCGGGCAUUAAAACUAGGCUUUAUUUAUUAUAAUUAAUUAAUUAUUAUACACCAUGUAUUGUCUGUGUGUUCGCAAUGGAAACACAACAACCAACAUACAUAUUAUAUAUUAUUAUUUAUAAUUAAAGUGAAUUACAAUACACAAGUACUGUAUACAAACAUAUGUAUUUUGUAAAAGUUAAUUGCUGUAAUUGUAAUUGCUACACAUUACAAAUGUUUAAUAAUAAUUAUUUAAACGCAAUCAUUUACAAUAUCGAUGACGUGCAACAAUUAAACCAACAUACAUCUAAAUUGCAUGUUAAAUCCCCCUCAACAUACAUACAUUAUUUGAUGUUAUUUUGUUUCCUAUAUUUGUCUGUUGUAUAAAUUAUUUCCAACGAGCAAAAGAAAAUACAAAACGAAGCAAACACUAAGAUUGCAUAACAAUUUCGAUGAAUCGACGAACAAUCCGAUUGAAAAGGCAUUCAUUGCAGUCA